CGCGCGCAUCCCGCUCAACACGGACGCGAUCCAAAAAUACCGACCCAGCCCGGCCGACCGUUGACAUGGGCUGACGUGCACGGCGCGGCCAAAAACCCAUACAAACAACAUUAAAUAACUUGUGCGCGAUAAUAAAUGGUGCAAUGUCGCCGACUGCGAUCAGCGCCGAUCUGCCGCAGUGGUGCGGAAAGGCUGAAGGCUGCCCACAAGCACUACUCGGCUGGCUAUACUUGACCCACGAUCAGAACGAUCAGUGGAUGCCAGGCUCGGCAUGGGGUCCGUUACCGACUGCGGCACCACGAUCCGCCCCACCACCAUCGGACGACACCAGUUCUCUCGUGGAACAGCUUACGGCGUUGUCUUUACGUCGGCCACCGAGGCCCCCACCACCAGCUUACAUGUGUCACUUGUGCUUCAAAAAAGGGCAUUACAUUGGAGAUUGUCCGCAGGCUCGUCCAAAAGGCGAGGGUCUGACUCCGUAUCAAGGCAAGAAGCGAUGCUUCGGGGAGUACAAGUGUCCGAAAUGUAAGCGCAAGUGGAUGAGCGGCAACUCUUGGGCCAACAACGGACAGGAGUGCAUCAAAUGUCGCAUUAAUGUGUUCCCUCACAAACAGCGACCUCUAGAGAAACCAGACGGGCUGGACGUGAGUGAUCAAUCGAAGAUACACCCUCAGCAUUUGUGCCAAAAGUGCCGUUCUUUAGGCUAUUAUUGCCGCAGGGAGUAUUGAACGAAAUCAAAACAUAUAAAAAAAUAUAGAGUAGAAAAUAAUAUAUUUGAUAAUGACUAAUACGAUAUUCCAUCAAAUUUCAGUUACAAGAUGUCUUCCUUUUCUGACUUUCAGGAUUGUAUUGUAGAAAAUUAAAAAUAGCAUCGUUUUGUUUUUACUUUUAUUUAUCACCAACAGUUUAUGAUAAAUCCAAAUAGUUCGCCUCGUGUAGGUUAGAUGGCACUGUUUUCAGAAAAUUCUAAAAUAAUUUUUUCGCCGCAUUGACACCUUAUUUUCUAAUUAUUUUUAACGAUAAGUGAAUUUGUGUUGUCUUACUUAAUUUAGUACUUAUGUUAAAUAUUGCCUUGUGCCUUAGCUAUUCUAGAAAUAAGUCAUCUUUUAUAAAAUAUAUUUUUAAAAGGUUUAUUGUAUAUUUCGAAGUAUUUGUUGAUAUUGUCAUAUCGUAUGUAAUAUGUAAAAUGACCCAUUUUUAGGAUUUAAAAAUUAAAAUGGCAAAACUACCGGUUGUUUAGAAAAACAAUCGAAAAUUUUUCGACAUAUCAAUGUACCAUAACUGUUUAAUUAAAUUUUAAUCAAUUCGUGUAGUUGCGGUGUUAACGAUAAGAGUUUUUCGUCAAAUUUUGUAAACGCGACUAUGUACAAAAAAAAAAUAACACAUCGACGCUUGAAAGACAAACGUGGCUAAGCGACAAUGCGUGAACUCUACAGUAGACUAAUUUA